AUGUCCCAGUUACAAAUUUGGAAACAAAAACUCAAAGGGCUAGUAACAAACAAUGAUGAAAUUUUGCCUUCUAAUGCAUUGGAUGCCAUCAAGCAUUGUGACCCUAUCAUAUUUCCAAAUAUAUUUAUGUUACUAAAAAUUUUAUAUUGUCUCCCUGUUUCUACUUCAACGCCAGAAAGAUCUUUUUCUGGCUUAAAAAUAAUAAAGACCUACCUCAGAAACAAUAUGAAAGAGGAUCGUCUCAAUGGAUUGGUACUAUUGAGUUAUUAUCGAAAUAUCAUAAUCACGCCAAAUGAAAUAUUAAACGAAAUGGCUAAGAAGCCGAGAAAAAUUGACUUGGUGUUAUGA